GAGUCACCAUUUCUCUGUCCAUUGGCUCACGCCGCGACCAUCCCGUGUUCCCUUGCGCCUUUGGAGAUCCCGCCGCCGCCGUCGACCCCCGCCGCCGCUUGCCGCUUCCUCCCCUUACCGGCUUCCCCGAUGGCGCGGCUGCACUGGCUGGAGGCCAUCCUGCCGCUCGGCAUCAUCGGCGGCAUGCUCUGCGUCAUGGGCAACGCCCAGUACUUCAUCCACAAGGCCGCGCACGGCAGGCCGAAGCACAUCGGGAACGACAUGUGGGACGUCGCCAUGGAGCGCCGCGACAAGAAGCUCGUGGAGCAGUCCUCCGGCAACUAGGGUAUUGAUCAGCCUCAAACUUUUCCGGAUGUUGACGAACCUAUUUCAGAAGCACAGAAGAACUCUUUAGUUUCCUUGUAUAAUGGGAACCAAGGCUUAUGUUUUUGCUUGAAAUCUCAAACAAUUGGGAGAAUAAUGUGUAUGAUGAAUCUGUUUAAUUGAACAAAGUUGGUUUCCUUUGUCAAUUGUGUACCCCAUUUCUUUCCUCCUCCGGAGCAGAAUCAUGAAGAAUUUAACACUGUUUACUGUUGUUAUGACUUUUGGCAA